AUGGCGACUUCAGAGCUCAGACUCGCCCUCCCGAGGGACAACUUGAUCAAGCUCGCAGAGCCAGUCCGCCGGCUCUUGGCUGGCACGCCGUACGAGACGCCGCCGGGAGAUGCCGUCUCCGUCAAGUCCAUGCUCGAAUCCCUGCUUCCGCCUACAAACCUGCGGAAGGAGGCGGAAGAAAGCGGGGGCGUAGAACAGACCAGGGACUUCUGCCUGUGCUGCGCAGCCCUAGCUUCGGCAGAGGGUGAGGAGACCCCUCACUUGUACUGGAUCCCGAAGGAACUUUCGCGAGCCGGUCGGUCGGCGCUAAGCGAGCUGUCCGACUACUUAUCGCUGCGUGGCGACCGCGAGUUUGUGUGCGCUCUGAUGCCGUCCUUGUUGCCUUCGCUAAAGACACUGAUCAAGGAUAGCUGCGUCGACGCCGAGGCGGAUGAUGUCGUGGCUUCUUCUCCUAAAACGCCGGUCAUCUACGCGAUCGUCUCUGCUCACCAGUUCAGGUGGUUAGUCACCCAGGUAAUUCAAUUUAUACACCUUCAACUUGCUAAUUGUCUGUGGCACCAGGUUUUAUUACAGUCUAAACAAACCUAUUUGCUGCUAGCUUUUCCCAGUCGACAUGAUCAAGCCUUUUUUAGAAACUUGCUCGAGCUUUGCUACUGGUGUACUUCGCCAAAUUCUAGUCAUAAAAAAUCGUCGAAUGGCUUCCAUCUAAUGCUUAACACGGGGUGCCAUUUCUCCUAGAAAGGGUUUUUUUUCUUUGAGAAAAUUACCAUGGCGAUAAAAUUUUACGAUUGAAGACCUGAAGCCUUAAGUCUACCUAGUUGGCUGUGAAAUUCUGUAGAUUAUACCGUAUUCAAAUGGCCUGUCGUGUGUGCGUGCGUGCGUGGGUGCGUGUGUGAUGUUUUUCAUGGAAGUGUGUUCUCAUGUUUAUCAUAAACGUGCACUGACAUCAUUCAAUUGGGUUUAGGUUAGUUUCCCCUAUUUGGGAGAGCUAUGCCCAUUGGUGAUCCCCUGUGCGUUGACAACUUUGGAUCAUUGGUCGCCAGAAGUGAAGGUAUCGACAAUACACUUGUCUCCUAUCUAAUAAAAUGAAAGAAUUUAAUUUUAUCCUUCCCUGUGUAUCUGUGUAUCUUUUCAAAGUGGAGAGAGAUAUUCUUUAUAUACAGUGAAGGAACAAAUGCUAAUGCAUGCUAUAAAAAAUAUUUCUCUCUUUUUAUUUCAUUUUAGUUCAAAGAACAAAUGCUUUUUGAUUUUCUGAAGGUUUUGAACUGUCAUUGAAAUGAAUAUGGUCAUGUGCCCUCGUGAAAGCAUAUCAAAUAUGGUAUUUCUUUAUUCAAAAAAUAUUUUUCUUAGGCAUUUGUGACAGAAUGUGUAAGUUGCAGCAUGAACAGCUCAUUCGUUUAGAUUGGCUGAAAAUAUUGUGCAUUCGCAAAAGAGAUCUGUCAGAAAUCAUGAAUUUCCAUGGCGACGCCCUCAGAUAGUCUUUUUAUGUUCAUGGUUUCUAGAUUACCUUCUAUUUCUUCCAUUUUAUUCCAUCCAGGGCCCGGGGAUGGUGACUUUUAUUCACUUAGCAAAGAAUGUGAACUCUGCUGAACUAGCAUGGUAUGAAGAGCCAAUUCUUGAUGCAUGUUGUCGCAAUAUUGCUUCAAGCGACAUACUUUGGGACCGUGUGCUUGAGAUGUCGGUGCUUCUGCUCACAUGUGUCCAGAGGGGAAACCCUCGUAGCCCAUGGUGAGUCCUGGGCUCUUUCUUCUGGUUAGCCAUUAAUGCACAUUUUACAGAGAUUUGGAAGGUAGCAGUGGCUUUAUCACUUUGCCCGCUUACAACUGAUGACUCUUUUUCUCUUAUUUUUAUGUUAUACCCUUUCAACUCAAAUAAGAAAUCUGAUUUAGAUAGCAGACCGUCGCUCCUCCGAUUGAGUUUUGAACGGAAAUUUUUCUAUCAUUUUCUCGUCACAAGUUGAUUCAUAUGUGUUUUUAGUUGUGUGUUUUCUGAAAAAGGCUCCAGGCCUUAUCCGGUGUCUGUGCUAUUUUCAAGCACAUGACUUCAUACUUCUAUUUCGGUUCGUUGCAUUAAUCCAGACUUUCAAAUAUUUUAAGGCCAUGAUUCAGUCAUCUGGCCAUCAUAUUCUUUGAUGCUGCACAUACAGAUUGGACAUUGUCAUAAUGUUUGAUGCGCAUGUGUCAUGCACAGGUAUGAACAGAUUCUAAGUGAAAUGCUUGGUCACUUGGAACUCCAGGCGACAAAUAAGGAACGGCGAAUUUCAUGGCUUCUACGUAUUGAGCCCGUCUUUGAAGCCAUGGGGCUUCUUCUAUUAGCUCAUUUCAAACGCAUAUUCUCCCUGCUCUUCCAGUGGUUGCACGCUGACGAUGAUGAAACACUGGUGCUUGUAUGUUCCUAUCUUUGCGUGAUCAUGCUCUAUUGCAUAACUGGAUCCUGGCUGGAGAUCCUGCUCUGUAGUCUGUUCUCAUUUCAUGGGAUGCAUUGCUGAAAUCUUAUAACUCGUAUUAUUAUUUUUGUCCCGUUAGUUUAGGAAGACAUUACUUUGUUCCUGUCUGCAUUAUCCCAUCAAGGAAGGCAAACACAUUCAUGUUCCACCGUUAGAUUCUGUCCUGUUUAUGAAUGCCUGAUGAACAAGUAAAGGAUGACAGAUUUCAUGAUCUGGCAGGUACUUGAACGCAUUCAUACGAUAGCCAAAGUAACGUGGAUAAGGAAGUCCCCUUUUAUUCUAAGGUGAGGAGACUAUCCAGAUGUUACAUCGGGUAUGCUUCCACCCUUUUUCGCCCUUUCCCCUGGUAAUGCUCGUAGACAUCUGGAUUUGGUCAGCACAUGGCUGCAAAGGUUGACCAGCCCAGAUGAAACAGUUAAAGUAGAUGCUUUUACUUAAAUUGGAAACUGAUUUGAGAAAAUAUUAACUUGAAAGCGAAUGUUUAUUUUUCAUUAUUUAUCUGAUUCUUGACCGUCCAUAUUAAUCAAUUUGAAUGAAAUUGAAUUUUUUUGUCUUUUUUUGAUAGUUUCUUAUUUUGGAAGUAAAUUACUAUUUUUUGAAUUCACAGCAGAUUAAUAGACGAGCUGGUGCCCGUCUUCAAGUCUGCGGCGGUGAGAAAGGAGCGGGAAGCAAUUCGAAGUCGCAUUCUUCAGAUAUUCAGCUUGCUACGAGCGUAAGCCGUGAUCUAGAUUCCUUCAUAAAAAUUCCACCCCCACCCCCCGACGUUAUCCAACCCUUAACGGCCAUGUCUCCGUAGGUGCCACGUGUCGCAAUUUGACGCUGCUUGGGAGAGGCACAGUGAUGAUCCUGACUUGGCAGACAUAAAUCCAUUCGUAUAA